UGUCUCAAUAGCUCGUCAAGAGCAUUAUUUAUUCGAUACGGGAUCUCGUAGAACUGGCAGGAACACUUCACUACCACAAGACAAGGUCAUCGGCAUUUCAGGACCAUGGACUGCAAGCCCAAAUGAUAACUAGAGGUAUAUCAACGAUAACACCGAAAUCCGAAGAAUUAAGGAUGGGUAAUUCUAGGGUCCAGCUCCCAGAAGACUCCUAUCAGAAUCAAGGAUUAUCAUUAACACAACAGUCGAUGGCAUCGAUGGCGUCAAUGGCAUCGAUAGCGUCAAUGGCAUCGAUAGCGUCAAUGGCGACAUCUCCAGCAACAUCAUCGUCGUCUUCGGUCUCGUCAGAUCCCUCAUUUUCAUCAUUUUCGACUUUCAAGGAGGUUGUAUUUGACCCUCUGCUUUACGAACCAUCGGUUGUGAACAUGGACAUGGAUGGUGGCGUUGGUUUUCGAAAGGUGUAUGCGUUCAUGGCCCCCCGCACCAAAAUCUUUGAUUAUUUGGUUUUGUUGAAACUGGAGAUGGAUUUUGUGCUGCACAUACUGCGAGCAAUUCAUCAGUACCCGAGGUACAUGCAUGACAGUCGGCCGCUCGAGCUCCGUGCGCUUGCAUUCGCAGUAUCCAAGGUCGCUGUCUGGGAUAUGGGAUUGCCGAUUUGGGCUCAAGAGACAGCGCACGACGUGUUGAUUGAACUGGUGAAUGAUGACAACGAGAUCGAUUACUAUCUAGAGAUGGUCAAGGACAUGGACAAGGAGGAUUAAGACACUGAAUGCGACAAUGAAGCAUCCAACUUUUGUCACUAAAUACCCGGCUGUAGUCUAUAGCUAGUUUUUUGUCAUUAACGCUUUGUGCAUAUGCCAGUCCUGGGCUCUCCAGCUCUCUUUUUUAGUUUCUAUUCUGUACCAUACAUUCAUUCACAAGAUGAAUCCCACGCCCUCCCAGCGAGGCGACAUAAAGAGAGGGAUGUA